GUCACUGCCAUCGGACAAUUUUGUUUGGACCGUGUACUCCGUUGUUAAAUAAAAACAAAUCAUAAUUAUGAUUUAAUAGAACAUACAACUUUUAAUAUCUUUGAUAUUUAUAUACAAACGAUCGUCCAUUUGGCCAGCAGGAUAAUAUAUACAUAUAUUUUUGAACGAUGUCGUGGUUUAAGAAAACAGCACAAGCAGUUGUCAGUGCCUGGGUACCACAAGUGACACCGGUACGAUUUCGUUAUCAUGCGGACAAAGCAACGAUGCCCCCGCUUGAAAGACAUUAUGGUUACAAUGAUCCAAUAAAACGGAUAAAAGGGUUGUUACCUCGCAUAAGCGAUAAAAAAUUGCCCAUGCCAAUAUAUAGACCAAAAGACGCUUGGUCCGAAAAGAGAGCAUUGUUUGGUCAAAAUGAUUACAUCGAUAUUUUAGGAUCAGAUAAACUUCAUCCAACCCGGAUUUUAUACAACGUUCCGUCGUGGUUAAGAGGUGUAGGCGGAAACGAAUAUAAAGUAUUGUUAAGGAAGCAAAAGAUGUUGAAACGUGGUAUAUUUCCUAUAGCAAGACCAACUAAAUGGAGACAGUUAACUAAGAGAAUAAAACACCUAUAUAAAUACUUAAAUAGAAAAACUAGAACUCACGGUAGCUCUCAGUAAUAUAUUUCUGUAUAAAUCUUUGUAAGAAAAUUUCAAAUAUAUAUUACAUUAAGUUGAAUA